AUGAUGCUCCUUCGACUUAAGGAGCGGUUCAGCUGCUGGGCGGGCUUCAGGCUGGUGCUCACGCGAAAAGGAAUCGACGCGAUGUACAAAGCAUACAACAAGAGGAGAAAGAAGAGGACGGACAUCAGUGAUGACGAAACAGAAGCUAGCGCAGACGAGGGCAGGGCAGACCCGGGGACUGGGGAGCCGGAGCAGACGGCAUCGGCCGCCGAGGGAACGGCGGACGACGGGGAGGCGGAGCAGACGCGCAGGGCGAGACGAGGGAGGGAGCAGGAUGUUGCGGAGAUCAGCAGGAGGAUGUACGACGAGAUUAGGAGCAGCAGGGACCCGAGGGACCAUGUGGAAGACGGCUAG